GCCCAAACACGAUGCAGUUGCGUCAUUUAAUCACUAGGUUCUUAUGACCUUCAGACUUCUUCAUCAUGUCAGCUUACUGACACCAUAAUAUUUCAUUGUCAUCUGACUUAAAUGUCUACGCAAAAUUUCAAAUCUAUCGAACAUUUGAGAAGUGGGUUAAAAUUGAGUUUUAAGAUUUGCGUCUUAAUCAAUAUUUAGUCGUAUGGGCUAGGUCCCUUCGCUUUAAAUAAAUUAAAAAAGAAAGAAAAGGAACUGUCAGUGUCAGCUGGUCAGCUGUUUAUUGAUCGCAUAGUUUUGUUUAUUUAGUUUAUCGUUUGUAUAUAAUAAUAUAAUCCUAUUUAUACUCUCUCUUAAUAAACUAGUUCACAAUGUCUAAAGAAAGCGUAAUGUUCCACCCUAUUAUCAGUUCUAUUCAGAGAAUAGCUCUUUACGAAACUAAAGCAAGAUUUUAUUUAAUUGGUUCUAAUAACACACAAACCCGAUUUCGUGUGCUAAAAAUUGAUAGAACUGAUCCUAGAGAGCUGAUAUUAGUUGAUGACAAAGUUGAGUACAACAAGCAAGAGAUCCAUCAACUGCUGAACAUGAUUGGCUUCGGCAAUAGAGGAGGACGAACUUCAGGUUUCAAUAAAUUGGUCUCUGCAUUUGGUAUUGUAGGAUUCAUAAGAUUUUUGGAAGGCUAUUAUAUCAUACUCGUGACAAAACGUAGAAAAAUUGCUGUCAUCGGUUCUCAUUCCAUAUACAAAAUUGAGGACACCUCUAUAAUAUAUAUACCAAGUGAUGUGAGCAAGCCACUGCAUCCAGAUGAGCAGAGAUAUUUAAAAAUGUUCCAAGCUGUAGAUUUGUCAACCAACUUCUACUAUAGUUACAGUUAUGACAUAACACAUACUUUACAAAUGAAUAUGGCACCUCCUAGGCAACUUGCACCAGUGUUGUUCCCUAAACCUGUCACUGCAGCAGUAUACCAAGCUAGAUCCAAUUCUGACAGUGAAAAUGGAGAACAACAAUGUACAUGCCAGAACAUGAAUGAUGACGAAGACAUAUUUGAGACUUGGAGGAAACAGCUAACGCAAAGGCCAGAGAAAUCAAGACAUUCAAAGAUGGAUAUUGGUGUAAGAUCAGUGCCCGAAUGGCGUUUUGUAUGGAACAGCCAUCUGUUAUCUGCAGUACACUCACACUUACAUCCUGACUGGAUUCUAUAUAUUGUACAUGGGUUCAUUGAACAAAGUAAUCUUAACAUUUUCGGCCGACCUGUUUAUCUUACCCUCAUAGCAAGGAGAAGUAAUAGAUAUGCUGGUACAAGGUUCUUGAAAAGAGGUGCUAAUAUGCAUGGAGAUGUUGCCAAUGAAGUUGAAACAGAGCAGAUAGUUCAUGAUUCAAUGGUGUCAUCUUUCAAAUCUGGAAGAUUUAGUUCAUUUGUACAAAUGAGAGGGUCCAUACCAAGCAACUGGUCUCAAGAUGUCUCCAAAAUGGUACCGAAACCGGCGAUUUCAAUUGACCUCAGUGACCCCUUUCGCAGAAAUUCCAGGGAAACAUUUAAAUAAUCUCAUGCGCCGAUACGGAUCCCCCAUAAUGUUUGUUAAUUUGGUAAAGAAAAGGGAAAAAAAGAAACAUGAAUCUUUACUGAGUGAUGUGAUUAGUAAUGCCAUAAAAUAUUUAAAUCAAUUUUUAUCACCCGAACAUGCCAUACAGUACAUACAUUUAGAUAUGGCCAGGAUGAACAAAGGGACAGAUGCUAAAGUUUUAGAUAACGCGGGGGGCUUCCAGGAAGCGUGUAGUGCGGGGGGCGGAGCGCCCGGUCACCAGGCCGGCCGCCUCCAGACUGGACUAGCGCGAGUCAACUGCGUAGACUGUCUCGAUAGAACCAAUACAGCACAGUUCGCUAUUGGAAAAUGCGUAUUGGCACAUCAGUUAUUUGCUCUUGGACUUAUUGGAGAACCAGUGAUCGAAUUUGACUCUGAUUGUGUUAGACUAUUGGAAGGCUUAUACGAAGAUCACGGUGACACGUUAGCAUUACAAUAUGGAGGAUCACAAUUAGUGCACCGGUAAGGCGUUUUCAAUUUACUUAAAUAUUGGUGAUUCAUAAUCAGGGAUGGGCAAAGUCUAAUCCUGAUUAAUGUUUAUUCUGCAUUGGAGUUUAUGUAUUGUAAUCCUAUGCUUUGAUAUAAGAUUUAUAUUUAAUGAAUUAUUAAAAAAUUGAUUACAACAUAUAAUCUUCAAUCCUGGGUGAAUGUUACAAAAUAUAAUCAUUUAUCAAUAUGAUCAAUUUUGUAUUUUAUGAUUUUAAACUUUCCUCUUGAAUCACUAUAUACCCGCUUUAAGAUUCGUUGUGUAGUUUAAAAGAUCUCAACAUACAGACAGCGGGAAGCGACUUUAUUUUAUACUUUUUAUGUAUAGAUUACGUGUUACAGGAUAAAAACUUACCGCAAAACAGCUCCAUGGGCGUCGCAUGGCAAUGACAUUAUGCAGACACUGAGCCGUUACUACUCGAACACAUUUUCCGAUGCCGAAAAACAGAAUAGUAUGAAUUUGUUUCUCGGCCUCUUCAUACCAGAACCGCAAAGGCCUCAGAUAUGGGAGUACCAGAACGAUUACUACUUACAUCAUCCUGAAGCUAUAGUGUUUAUACCUAGAAACAAGUCACUAACCAAAUGGUGGGACGACGACGUGGUUCGACAUCUCCCAGUGGCGUGCAAUGAGAUGAGGAAGUUGUGUUGCGAGAUCAUCGGCGUGCAAGGAGACAGCGGCAGUCUGGUAGAGAUGAUUGAUCCAUAUCACGACUACAACAGACCGUUCGAAUACACAGUGUUAUCAGAGUGCUUUGAACUUAAGAUGUGUCAUACGUUACGCGACCUCGCACCGUCGCUGUCAGAAAACUACAGUCCAUUUGUAGUACGUGGACGAAUGGGCCAGAGCAAAGGUCCAUCAUCAAAAAACCCCAUCAUAAACGGUAGAUCCAGUACAACUUCCAAUAAUUCAAGCGAUUCCAAUAGUGAUUCAUCGUCAGACGAUGACAUGACUAGUCCUACUCCAAGUCGUCAAGUUACCCCGUCACCACUCGCCUUGGCAACUAAAAUACUAUCGGCCGAAGAACCUGAAGAUACUCCUAUGUUCCCAGCCAUCAAGCGAUCCAAUAGGAUAUUACUCAAAGAACCCGGGAAGAGGGAUAUGCAAAUGUACAAGCGUUACGUGAAUUUCGAGCGACGUUCGAAUUCAAAAUACAAAUCUGAUAUUCACGUGGUGAUGACGGUUAGCAGUGCAUUUACAAUAGACAGUUCAGUGGACGUGAUCCCACCCACCGUCUCCAAGGCUUCCAAAGAAGUGUACCAAGACUAUGUGAAACGUAGCUCGGGUCAUAUCAUCGUACCUCCAGCUUCAUUAGCUCAAUAUAAAAAUUAUAUUAACUUCAGUCUAUAGUUAGAAUUAAAAUGUGAUGUAGAUGUCCUGUGUGAGCUCAAACACUAGUCUUGCACGUCGUGACAAUACAAUAAGGUUGACUGGUAUAAUAGUGCAAAAAUGCCCCUUAUCAAAUAAUAAGCUCAACUAUAUGCAAUACUAUACCUGCAAGAUCUAAAAUGAGUCACAAAACAGACAGAACUGCAGUUUUUCUAGCUUAAACAAGAGUAAUACAAACAUAUAC